AUUCCAAUUCGACAACCAGUGUAAACACUAAACAUCAGUAAGCACACACAUACACACCUCGUUUCUCUCUGUUUUAUAAUACCUUGGUCUGAGAGGUUGUUUGCCACUAUAAAUACCCUCUUCCCCCAUGUUUCUCUUUCAAGCCCAACACAAAUCCUCCACCUGCUUCUCUUCUUUUUUCCCAAAGCACAAACCAAUUAAGCAAAAGUAAAACACAAAAAAAAUAAGAGAAAACUAAACUAGCUAGCAGAAUGAGAAGCACUCCUAUUCCUCCCACCACCAAAACCAAUACAUUAGCACCAGCAAGUUCUACAGCAGUGGUGACGACGACGACAACGACAAAUACAACCUCUGUUGCUUCCCCAUGGCACUCUCCAGUGCCCUACCUCUUCGGAGGCCUCGCUGCCAUUAUGGCUCUCAUAGCCUUGGCACUGUUCAUGCUCGCUUGCUCCUAUUGGAGACUCACCAGAAUCACUCAACAAGAGAGUAACAACGACGAUGAUGAUGACGACGAUGUUGUCAAAGAGGUUGAUGAUGAUUCUGAAAAGAAGGAACAGCCUAAGGUGUACGAGGAGAAGAUCCUAGUCAUCAUGGCCGGGGAUCACAAACCAACCUUCUUGGCCACCCCUUCAUCCUCCUUAGGUUGUAGCAAUUUCGAUCACAAGCACCUCGGAAUUUCCGAGGAUUCCAACAAGUCCCAGAAAGAAGUUAUUGUGGACGACCAUGUUGUUGUUUCGGAUGCUGAACAUGAAAAUGGAAGUUUUCGACAUGAACAACGUAUAGUCAGUGAAAGAUUAUGAGUUUUGGAUCUCUUCUUCUCAAUUGGUGUAGUCACCAAUCUAAGAUUUUGUUUCACCUGUUAAUUGGGAAUUAAGGUUCUGUGGUAGUGGUCCAGAUUUGAGAAAGGAGACUGGUGGAAUGAAAUUCCAAUUUUGUUUUUUUUUUCCUUUAAUAUAUAACUCUUUCUUCCUUUC